GUCCAGCCAAAUAACUACGUCAACUUUAGCGAUGAUCAGCAAAAGAAGCUGUCAGUUAUGAUAGAUGCGCCCCAUAUGUUGAAUUGGUGACUCAGGUUGGUGUAUGUCGAGCUUUAGGCAGGCACAAAACAGUAGAUAAAACACAAAUUACUCAGGAUGUGACAGUGGGAGAAGGACCAGUCUUACAAGAAGGGGACCAAGCUCAAAUCUCAUUUUCCAAGUGGAGCUUUAUAAGUGGAAAGAGGGGAAAUCAGGCAGAGGAAACCAAGUCAGCCCAUCGGGUCAAGUUGAAAGAAGCAUCAAGUGGGUUGGAGUGUGGCCUUCUCGGGUUACAGAAAAAAAGUCGGAGAUUAAUUUUUCUUCUGGAGAAAAAGGAGAAGAACUCUGUUUUCAUGUAUGAUGUGAGUGUAGAGCGAAUAAAACAGAAGGGAAGUGACCAUUCGGGCAGAAGCACCCCACAAGUUGACUCCCAUCAUGGCCACAGAGAGGAAAAUGACAUCAGUUCCAGUACAUUGGAUAUGCUACCUGAAGAUAGUGGGACCAGCCCUAAGGAAGAAGCACACACCAACACAAAGGCAUCACUUGUCUCACGCAUGGCGAGAGUGGGUCAUCCCUUGCUUCCCACUAGACCUAGCAACAUUCAUACACCACCCACUGAUUCUGAGAGCGAAGUGGAGGAAAUCUCAAGAAGAAAUGCAAAAUACAACAGUGGUUCUAUAUCUGGGUCAAUAGAGGAGUUAGCAGCAACACCUGCGGUCAGACCCCGAGCUCCCUCUGCUCGCUCUGAUGUGAGCAAACCAGAGCCAGCUCCCAGACCUCCUAAUCUUGUUUCUCCACAGCCCUUGGUUGUUUAUCAGUCAGCUGCAUGGCAACAGCCUGGAAUGAUGCAUGCAGCAUACCCAGGAGCAGGACUAACCACAGCACCUCAGGCAGUUCCUCCAGCUCCAACUCCUGCUGUACCAGACCCCACGCUUUCCCUCCUCUUUUCAGAGUCAAGAUCCCAAAAUACAGAUCUUAGAAUAUCACUAUCCAAGAUGUCAGAUCAGUUAGACAAAAUCUCCAGUAAGUUAGAAAAGGUAGAACAAAAUGUGGAAAGAGGUCAGUUUUCAAAUACAAUGAUUCCAUCAAGUAUGAUGGCCAUGCAUCCCAGUCAAGCCUUUGCUCCCACUGCAAGCUGUGACCCACAAGGUCUCCUGAAGCAGAUUACAACCAUUGUCAGUGAAAAUGAUAGCAUGAAAUCUCAGCUGCUGGAAAAGAAUGGAAAAAUAGGGGAAUUGAAUACAUCAUUAACACAAUUGUUGCAGAAAAAUCAGAAACUCCUAGAGGAAAAGGCAGAGUUACUAGUUGCUAAAAGUGAGCAGAGUCAGCAAGCAAGUUCAAGUGUGAGCAUAUCAGAAGUUAUAACCCUGAAGGAGGAGAAAGCCUCUCUUGCUGCACAGCUUGCUCUGACACAGCAGCAGUUAUCAGUAUUAAAGGAAGAAUUAAAUCAGGUAAAGAUUGGCAAAGAUUCCCAACAGCAAGAAAUAUCUAAUCUGAUGAUACAGGUUAGACAAGAACAAAAUAAAUUCCAAGAACUACAGGAUGCAGUUCAAAACCAAAGAGCUAAUGAUAAUGAGGAUCUUCGAGAGCAGUUAAAGAAUGCACAAAAAGAAAAUGAAAGUAUGAAAGUUUUAUUUCAUGCUGCUGAGGCAGAUAAACAGUCAUUACAAAAAGAAUUAGCUGUCAUGACAAGCAAGCAUACCUCCAAAGAAGAAGAACAAGUAAAAGUAUCAGAGGUAGAACAUGGGAAACUGAAGAACCAGUUGGAAGCUGCAGAACUGAAUCUGCAGAAAGCAGAGCAGCAGAUUAGAGAACUGGAAAAGGAGAAGUCAGAUUGGGAGAAGCACAUCUCACAGCUUAAGGAAGAAAAGUCUGGGGACUCAGAUACACAGCAGAAGGAAAUAGAAAGCCUACAUACUGAAAAUGCUUUAUUAAAGAAGAGCGUUGAGCAGCUUCAGAAGUCCAGCAGUAAUCCACAGGAGCUAGUAACUGCUGUUAAAAAAGUUAUGAAUACAGUAUUCAAAACUCUCAAAGCACAAUUUGCUGAAGAAAAAUCCUACUUGGGAAGUGUUGUCAUGGAGAAGCUGCUCAAUGUCAUAAGGGACACAACCUUACAAUUGUUAGCAGAGGUAGAAGAGAAGAAGAACUCUACAGCAGAUGCUCCACCCAUUUCCCAGGACAGUUUAGGUAAUGAUGUAGGUCCAAGUAAUAAAACAAGUCAGAUCACAGGAGAAGCUUUAGAAAAUAAUCAGACUGAAGUAAAUAGUAGCCUGAAAGAGGAAGUAGAUCAUGAGACUGAAAAGCCUGAACCCCAGGAGAGUAAGGAGAGGGAAAAUUACCCUGUCAGUGGUGAGGAGGGGAACCCAAACAGCUUGUCAGAGGAGGGCAAUGAGGAAGGAUCUAAGAAGAACCCCAGUGAUGAGGAAUGUUUAGAUCCUGGUGAGGGUAGGCAGAAUGAGGAAGCUCAGUGUGAUUCUAAUCAUAGGAUAGUGAAUAAUGAGUUGCAUUCUAGUAUAUCAAAGAGUUGUAAUGAUUCAGAUUGUAAUAACCAUAAAGAUACUGAAGAUUGUAGUAGUUUAGGCAGCAGGCGGAGAAAUGAGGAAUCAAGCAUUGAUAUGAAUGAAUUUGAAGAGGAAGCAGAUAAAUUACCGGAAGACAAAAAUGUCAGACAAAGAAUUCCUGUUAUUGACAUGAAUAAUACCGAGGCAAGAACAUGUACUACAGAAAAGUCUGACAGCUCCAGAGAUUCUUCUCUAGAAAGGGUAUGGAGACCUCAGCCUCCUCCACCGCCCCUUUUAAGUGAUGAAGAGGAGGAAGAUGAUUGGCUUUCUUGA